AUGGCAUGUAAGACAUUCGACGCCACACACGAGUGCACAGCCACUCACCGCAUCCCGUCAUCACCAACAUUUCUUAAAACCGCUCCCUCACGCCGUGUGACAUUCCACACCUGCAGAAUCCCCGGCGAUGGCCCACCCCCGGACCCCUUCGAGCGCACCUCCUUCCUAAAGCUCCUCCUGCACUCCCCCGUGAAGCUCCUCCUCUACCACCUCUACCGCAUCCUCUCCUCCCUCCGCUCUCUCCCCACGCCCACCGAGCCCAAAAUUCGCAUAGUAUGCAUAUCGGACACGCACACCCGCAUUCCGGAGGACGUCCCUGCCGGCGACAUCCUCAUCCACGCAGGCGACAUGACGAACGCCGGUAGCGUGGCGGAGAUACAGCGACAGGUCGAUUGGCUUGCGGGACUGCCGCAUAAGGAGAUCGUGGUGAUUAGCGGGAACCACGACACGUAUCUCGAUCCGCGGACGCGACCUAGUCUGUCGGAUGCGCAGCAGAGGGGCGGCGUCGAUUGGAAGCGGGUGCAUUAUCUACAGCAUCGGAAGCUUACGCUGACGAUUGAGGUUGAAGCGGAGGGGGGUAGGGAGGAGGGAGAGGAAGGGGAAGGGGAGACGACGAGAUUGUUGGGUGGUGAUGGUGGUGGGCAGAGGCAUAGGAGGUUGGUGAUCUAUGGCGCGCCGCAGAUACCGGCUUGCGGGCCUAUGGAUGUACAUGCGUUUCAAUACCCCAGAGGGAGGGAUGCAUGGUCGGAGACUGUGCCUCAGGAUAUCGACGUUUUGGUUACGCAUACGCCGCCAAAGUAUCAUAGAGACAUGCCGCUGCCGACUGGUAUGGGUUGUGAGCAUCUCAUGUCGGAGGUGAGGAGGGUCAGGCCGAGCUUACAUGUUUUUGGACAUGUACAUUUCGGCGCGGGCCAGGAGGUUGUGUGGUGGGAUCGGUGCCAUGAGGCGUAUGAGAAGGGCAUGGCUAUUCAAUCGAAAUGGUCGCGCGGCCUACUCAAUCCUUGGUUGUGGUGGAAUACUUUUAGAGUGGGGUAUAGAGGUCUCAGAGAAUUGAUAUGGGACAAAGUGUGGGGAGGUCAAGGUCCGAGCACGAUCAUGGUGAAUGCUGCGCAGAUGUAUGGCAAUACUGGAAAGUUAGGGAAUCCCGUUCAAGUGGUCGAGAUAUGA